AUGAGCACGCAGAAGCAGGUGGUGACAGUUCGGGACCUGGUAGAGGAAGCCAAGAAACGGAUUGUAAUCCUGGUGAUAUGCGUCGUUGGACUCUCCUACCUAAUGUCGCUGACAAGUUCAUCAGUUUGGGUUAACCUCCCUGCUGCUGCGUGCUUGAUCGUCCUCCUUCGUUAUUUCUCAUUCGAUAUUGAAACGAAAAGAAAAGCUGCUGCUUACAGUAGCAAAGCUUCGUCUUUGAAUGGACCAUCUCUAAAUAAACCUCCAGAACUCCCUAAAGCAGCUCCACGGUCUGACUGGAGAAGUAAAGUGAACUCCCAGGUCGUUGAGGAUGCAUUGGAUCGCUUCACCCGUCACCUCGUUUCUGAAUGGGUACUGGAUCUGUGGUACGCCCGCAUAACUCCAGAUAAGCAAGGUCCUGAAGAACUGGUGUUUGUUAUAAAUGAUAUUCUCGGGGAAUUUUCACGGCGGUUUAGGAACGUAAAUCNUAUUGAUCUAUUGACAAGGGAUCUAAUUGAUAUUGUUUGUCGUCGUGUGGAGCUUUUCCGUGAGUGUCAAGCAAAGAUUGAGGGACAACAAAGGAGAAGCCUCAGUUUUGAAGAUCGAGACUCAGAACUAAGACGUGUGAUGGCCACUGAAGAUAAAUUGCACCCUGCAUUAUUCUCUCCUGAAUCCGAGCAUAAGGUUUUGCAGCAUAUAAUGAACAGUCUCAUUUUACUAACAUUUAGGCCAGAGGAUCUGCACUGUGCUUUUUUCCAUUAUACCGUGAGGGAACUUCUUGCUUGCUGUGUGAUGCGACCAGUCCUAAACCUAGCCAAUCCAAGGUUCAUAAAUGAGAGGAUUGAAGCUGCUGUGAUAUCAAGAAUAAAGAUUAAUGUUCAAUCUAGCACUGCAGAAGAGACUUCUCAAUCUGAAGAUCUCUCGAAAGUUUCUCCUGAUCAUUUUUCUAGAGAUCUGGACCCAUCUGUCACAGGUGUUGAGCUUGUGCUAUUGAAGAAUGAACAGCAGAAAAGGAAAAAUGCUACAGAUAAACAACAAGUAACAGAUCUCUCCAAAGAUCCAUUGCUUUCAAUAGACACCCGAUCUUCUCGAUCGUGGAACUCCUUCCCCUUAACUUCCAAAAUAGGUGAUGAUAGUAAAGAUACUAAAGGACAUCGAGGAGGAGAGGGAUGGGGUGACGUAUUGGACAUGAUGUCACAGAGGAAAACUGAGACCCUUGCUCCCGAGCAUCUUGAAAGCAUGUGGGCAAAAGGAAGAAAUUAUAAAAAGAAGGAAGGUGGGAAAUUUGUUGAGCGGGUGCCCCCAAGAUGGUCUAGCAAGGAAUCACGCAAUGAUGGUGACAAUGCACGGCCUAACGACUUCAAUGAAAACACUGUGAACGCAAAAGGGUCGACCCAGGACAUAGUCGAAAAUACAGACAGUCACUUAUCAAGUCAUUCCUCUGCUGAAGAGGACGAGGAGCAAAAAAAGAGUAGUCAUUCUUAUACAUCCGAGGAUGAGGAAACAGUAACAGGUCUAAACAGUCCUGGGACUCGAGUCUGGGAUGGUCGAACGAACAGAAAUCUUGGUGUUUCACGGAUACACCAUCCACUUGAAAAUUCUGGCCGCCGUUUCAAAAAGACCAGUAAAGGGCGUGAACAUUAUCAGCAAGUACCCAGGCAUCAAUCUGGCAGGAAGAGGUCCAGACUUGCUGGACACAUUGUAGGCGAUGACGAUAGUGAUGAUUCUGAAAAUGAUUCUUUGGGUAGAUCAUACAGUGGAAUGUCUGCAACGUCGUCUGCAUCAUACUUCUCAGUGGCAGAAAGUGACCUUUCCAAUGCUUCUAGAAGUUCUUUGCUGGUUGAUUCCUUUGCGAAGUUGAGAUGUGAGGUUCUGGGUGCCAAUAUUGUGAAGAGUAGUUCUAAAAUGUUUGCUGUGUAUUCAGUUGCUGUCACAGAUGAAAGUAAUCAUAGCUGGUCAAUCAAAAGAAGAUUUCGACAUUUUGAGGAGCUUCACCGGCGGCUUAAAGUGUUUCCCGAGUACAAUCUUCAUUUACCGCCGAAGCAUUUCCUGUCAACAGGCGUGGACACACCUGUUAUCCAAGAGCGAUGUGUACUACUUGAUGACUAUCUCAAGAAGCUUUUGCAGUCACCAAGAAUUUCAGGAUCAAUUGAAGUUUGGGACUUUCUCAGUGUGGAUUCCCAGACUUAUGCAUUCUCAAGUUCGUUUUCAAUCAUUGAGACGCUGACGGUUAAACCGGUCAGUAAGACAUCUACUGGCGCUACAAAUAUGGCCAAUAUGACUGAGGCAACGGCGGGUCCUCUUCCUUGGAGAGAAAAUCUGGGUGUAGAGAGUGGGAAAUCGAGUCAACAUACGAGGAAUAACGUUAAGGUGGAUGAUCUGAAGUCAAAAGUUAAAGCUCCUGGAAAUGAUCAUGCGAAGAUUCCUAAUUCAGAUGUGAGAAAAUGCAAGGAAAAUGGCGAGCUAAAAGUGGGUACUCAACAUGCUGAUGAUGUGGCCUGCGCUGGCCUGCCCACUGAGUGGGUUCCUCCAAAGCUAACAUUGCCCCUGCUAGACCUGGUAGAUGUUCUCUUUCAGCUCCAAGAGGGUGGGUGGAUCAGGCGGAAAGCUUUUUGGGUUGCCAAACAGAUACUUCAACUUGGGAUGGGCGAUGCAUUGGAUGAUUGGGUACUUGAGAAAAUCCGUCUUCUGAGGCGGGGAACUGUAGUUGCUUCUGGAAUUCAACGGGUUGAACAGGUACUAUGGCCGGAUGGGAUCUUCAUCACAAAGCAUCCCAAAAGGCAGCAACAGUCGAGCAGCUCUGACGAGGAGCAGCGACAAGAAGCAGAGAGACGAGCAAAGUUUGUUCAUGAGCUGAUGAUCGAAAAAGCCCCUGCAACCAUAGUGAGUCUUGUCGGUCAUAAAGAGUAUGAACAAUGUGCGGAAGAUCUAUACUUCUUCCUUCAGUCAUCAGUGUGUCUGAAGCAAUUAGCAUUUGACCUCUUGGAGUUGUUGCUACUCUCGGCGUUUCCGGAAAUGGAGCAGGCUUUCAAACAAUUGCACAACGAAAAACACCUCUUUGGUCAAUAUACACCACCAAACUGA